AUGGAGCAAUCGACGGCGCCUACGAAACAUGACACUAGUGAAGAUGCCUCAGCGUCCUUGCCUUCGCAGAGCGCUGAUUCACGUAGUAGGACGACGAGCGCAGAUGGACAGAAGUUGCCUUCAGUGUCCUCAGCCACUGACCUACCACCACCUGCCUCGCAGACACAACCGGCCCCACAGCGACAGUCGUCGUCCUUUGUACCACAGUCGCCGAUUUUACCACCUGGUACUAUUGUCCAACUGCCGGAACAAACACCGCGUUUGGCGUUUGAAGACAUCCAUGGACAGCGCUCUAGCUACCAGAGCCUGAGCCUGCCUUCACUGACAGGCGCGGCCGCAGCUGCACGUGAAGACCCUGCACCGCCUCAGCAUCAGCGACCGCUUAUUCCACCACAGGCGCUGCCACCGGGACUUGCCACCAUAGCAGCCUCGUUGGCACAGCCACUUCCUCCGGCAAUGAUCCCCUUUACUGCAGCACCUACUCUCACCAGCGCGCCAGGGCUGCAGCUGGAGUCUGGGAUGCUAAUCUUCCCACUCGGACAACCGGGCAGUGUUGUAGGAAGUGGGCUCGGCGACUUCACAUCCCAGGCUCCAAUCAUUCUUGGCCCACAGGGGCCGUUCGUAGCACCACUGCCCACACCUAUGGACCUUUUGCCAUUCAUGCCACUGCCAGAUAACAUGGUGCAGCCGCCCCUACCUGUAAUAAUUGACUCUUCUACUGGUCCUGGUGCCAUGACGCUCGCCCAACCACCCAUAACGCUAGAACAGGUGGAAGAGCAAACAGGCGUCAUGGACAUGGACAUUUCUACCACGCCACUGGACACGCCAAAGGACGCUCCGAGCACACCACAGCACACACCGGUGCACGAUUCGACCGCCUCGCAGCUCCCUCCAAAGGACGAUUUGGCUACGUUGCCUCGCGCUCAGAAGCAAGACUCCAGCGUUCUGCAGCCUGAACUCGUCGAACAGAUGGAAGAGCAAACCGGUAUCAUGGACAUGGACAUUUCAACCACACCACUCGAUACGCCGAAGCAUAAGCCGAGCACACCACAGCUUGCACCGAAAGACGAUUCCGCCACGUUACAGCACCCACGACCAGACGAUUUGACUAUGUCGCCGAAGCAAGAUCCAAGCGCCUUGCCAUACUCCCCCACGGAUGAGCCUACCACGUCGCCGUACUCACCAACGAAAGAACCGAUAAAGUCGCCGCUGUACUCUCCAACAUACGAUCCGCUGUCGCCUUCCUCGGUGGACUUUUCCUACUCGCCCCCAUCCUCACCACCAGACAUUGCGGCUUUGGAGGCUUCUGAAAUGUCACUGCAGCAAACGUCCACGGUUCAAGGGGAGCUACCGACAUGCGGCUCCCGUGUACCCUCACCCGGCAAGGGUGCUACUAGCAAGAGUCUUUCUGCAUCCCAAGUUGCUGAAGCCAGUGCUAGCGGUGCUUCAGCAACCGGAGACAAGUCUACCCGCCACAGCAUGGACGAAAAGCAACAACACUCCAUCGCUGAGCCGGCAGUUGCUUCGCAUAACAUACAGAAGAGAGCACUCAUACUUCGCGCAGAGCAGGAAGUGAAGUUCGCGAUCAGGAAGUACGUCUCGUCUCGGGAAAUAAGCACAGAGGAAUACAAGUACAUUUUGAAGCAUGCAGUCAAGAAAAUCUGCAGCAGUACGAGGACCGGAAUCAACCCAAGAGUAAUUGGGCAGUUUAUCGAAAGAUACGUCGAGAGCGUGAAGCGCAGGCGUUGGCAUUCUAGCACAAAGCAUAAGGAUUGA